AUGGCGACUUCGUCAUCUUCAUCGUCGUCGUCGAUGUUGUCCACGAGUUCAAGCUGGCGCGAAGGAAUGUCAUCGGAUAAUGUUAAAGGUUUAGUUCUUGCUCUUUCGUCGAGUUUCUUCAUCGGUGCUAGUUUCAUUGUUAAAAAGAAAGGUUUGAAAAAGGCUGGUGCCAGUGGUGUUAGGGCAGGAAGUGGAGGCUAUUCCUACCUGUAUGAACCACUUUGGUGGGUGGGCAUGAUAACAAUGAUUGUUGGAGAGAUUGCCAAUUUUGCAGCAUAUGCAUUUGCUCCUGCUAUAUUGGUCACUCCUCUUGGCGCUCUUAGCAUUAUUAUCAGUGCUGCUCUUGCCCAUAUUAUCUUACGGGAGAGACUGCAUAUAUUUGGAGUUCUUGGUUGUGCUUUGUGUGUUGUGGGGUCUACAACAAUUGUUCUACAUGCUCCUCAAGAAAGGGUAAUUGAAUCAGUGCCAGAAGUGUGGGGUCUUGCUAUGGAUCCAGCCUUUCUCUUUUAUGCAGCAUUGGUUAUAACAGCUACUUUUAUUCUUAUCUUCCACUUCAUUCCUCUAUAUGGCCAGACACACAUAAUGGUUUAUGUUGGUGUUUGUUCCCUUGUAGGUUCCCUAUCGGUUAUGAGUGUUAAGGCUCUUGGAAUUGCCAUAAAGUUAACUCUGUCUGGGAUGAAUCAGCUAAUUUACCCUCAAACUUGGGUAUUCGCGUUAGUUGUAACUGUUUGUAUUCUUACGCAAAUGAAUUAUUUAAAUAAGGCGCUGGAUACUUUCAAUACAGCAGUGGUAUCUCCCAUUUAUUAUGUUAUGUUUACAACUUUAACCAUCGUGGCUAGUGUUAUCAUGUUUAAGGACUGGGAUCGGCAAAGUCCAACUCAAGUUAUCACAGAAAUAUGUGGAUUUGUUACAAUACUUUCAGGAACUUUUCUUCUGCACAGGACUAAGGAUAUGGUGACUGAUGGUUCAUCUAUUACUAGACUUAAUAAGCAUUCAGAAGAAGAUGUGUUUGAUGAUGUCGAAGGGAUUCCCCUUAGAAGGCAAGAUUCCAUGAGAACAGCGCUAUGA